AUGAACAUCGCCUACGGGGCCUUAAUCGGCACCAUCGUGUCUUUGAUGGCGCCCAAGAGUUUGGCCUCGUCUGUAUGCACAGUUACCGGCAGAGCAAGCCCUCUGCUUUACGUCGGGGUCGACUGGUCCUCCGUGUUGGUGGAGGAGCGAGACUACGGAGUUGUUUACAAAGACUCCCAGUCGGUCGAGAAGCCACUGGAACAAAUUCUCGUCGAAGCCGGCGUCAACAUGGUCCGCCAACGAGUCUGGACGGUCGACGGGGAUUACGGUAUCCAGUACAACCUCCAGCUGGCGAGACGGGCAACAGAUGCAGGGUUGAUGUUUGGUCUCAAUCUCCACUAUAGCGACACAUGGACCAACCCAGGGCAGCAGGAUAUCCCAACUGGCUGGCCGACUGAGAUUGAUGCACUCGAAACUCAACUAUACGCCUAUACGUCGGAAGUCUGCGAGACAUUCGCGGCGGAGAACCUUUACCCCGAAACAAUCACGAUUGGCAACGAGAUCCCAUCGGGGAUGCUCUGGCCCACCGGUAGCUACGAGAACCCAGAGAAUCUUGCUCGUCUUCUGCACACUGCGGCGCGUGCGGUGCGAGAAUCAUCAUUGGGAGGGCAUACGAAGGUCGUGACUCACCUUGCCCACGGCUAUGACGCUGAACUGCAGCAUUGGUUCUAUGAUCUGGUCUUGAACACCGGCCACCUCUCCCUCGACGAUUGGGAUGUCAUCGCCGUAUCAUUCUACCCCUUCUGGGGCGAAGGCGCCACAAUGGAUGCCUUGACUGCAAGUUUGACCAGCCUCGCCACGCAAUACCAAAAAGAAGUUCAGGUGGUUGAAACCAACUGGCCGACCCAGUGCUCCAACCCCACGACCCCAUUCCCCGCUGACCAGCUUGACAUUCCCCUGAGUCCGGCUGGUCAGGCAGAAUAUCUACAACGUUUGGCCUCGACUCUCAGAUCUAUUCCGGGGGCCACUGGCUUGAACUAUUGGGAGCCCGCGUGGAUUCACAACGCUGUUUUGGGAUCUCCCUGCGAGAGUAACGUUCUUUUCGACCCCAACGGUCAGGCUUAUGAUAGUCUAUCCAUUUUUGACACUCUGUAUUAA